GAUGCGAACUGUAGGCAUCGUGAUGACGGCGGCAAAUCGAAAAUGAAACCUGGUAUUCAUCGUGUGAACGUUCAAGGUUGAAAACGUUGGCAAAGACACGAUUGAGCUAUAAUUUCGUCUUUCAAAGUGGGCUGUCAUGAGGCUAAUAAGAUGUCAAUUUCUGCUAUUAUGAAGAAUGUCCUAUCAUUUGGUGAGAUUCUCUCUCAGUCUUGUGGAAAAGAAGCUGAAAACUGGGGGAGUCAGGCACUCCAGAAUGCAGUCAAGUGGGCAGCCUACUGUGAACAGGUCUGCAAACAAGCAGAGGAGAAGGGCUGUUACCUGGCUCUGGACAAACAGGUGCGCUUGUUAGGGAUUUACCUGAAGCCUGCCACAUGUAUGGAACUGAGUGGGGAGGUGCUCAAGGUAGCCACACAGAUACUGAGAAGGAACCUUCUACAGAAUCCUUACAUCACAGAUCAGCUGUUUGAAGAAGUGAUGGAGCUGUACAGCUUAGAAGACACAUCCCUGUCUUCCCUGAUAACAGAAUGUUCAGGGAUAGCCUGUUGUAAAGCAAUGGCUCGGACAGCUGAUCUCAUCAGUACCAUAAUACAGCAUACACCUGAGACACAUCAGGGGAGAUCACUGGCUGUAUGUCAGGGGGAACAACUCCUUCAACACCUCGUCCAACAGCUUAAAAUUCAUUCAGAUCAUGGCAACAGGUUUGUUGAAUAUGUCUCAGGAUUAUGUAAGCAGCUGGCAUCCUUGGCUAAUGGAUGGGAUGUGAUCCUCAGCAUGGUCUUGUCUGACCAAUGGGACAGCGUUGGUGAAUCAGAUCGUGUGAAACAACAAGUGACCUCAUGGAUUAUCAGCUCCAAUUCAAGAGCUCUUUUAAACGCUAAUACCAGCUUACUUUCUCAGGUGUCGGGCAUGUCAGACACCUUUUUCCAGCAUUACCUGGAGUUACUGGUUACCUGGGGUGGGGAAAUGAGGCUAGAAUAUGGUCAGCCUGGAGUACACCCACUGUACACCUGGAGGCCGCACCCCAACAAAGCGGCCAGUACCCAGAGUUUUGUGUGCUUGACGUCUCACUGGAGCCAGCUACUGUCCAGCCCCACCCUCGGGAAAUCAGCCAGAGAGAAGCUGGGGGAGCUUGCCUGCCAAGAUGAUCCCAACAUAUGGAGAGAUGUCCACAAGAAAGUUCAUCUGAACAAGAAGAAUGAGACUUGAGCACUUUAACAGGGUUAGAUAUUUAUAGUUUCUGUUGUCUACACAAAUGCUGGUGUUUUAUGCAAACUUAAGCUGUUUUUUAGCAUUUUUCUCAUCUUUCAACCUAGAAAGUAUGUACAUGUAUACUUUAACUAUUCAAUCCCCAUGAAAUACAUUGCCAGUGUUGCAAUAAGCCAUAAUCACUCACUCAAAUUAUUAAAUUAGUGGCUACAUGUUCACAGAAGCACUUUGGUGGCAUGGACUCACCCUGCCACAAGAAGACACUCUAUAUGUACGCACAUACCUAAUGACUCCGUAUUUGCCUGAUUCUUCUAAGUUUUGAGACACCUGACCUGCUCAUUUUAGCCAAUAUAUGUAAUUGUAGCAGGAAUGUUGAGUUUCUUUUUUCUCACAUGGUUACACCAUCUAAUGAACAACAUACUCAUAUAUUUACUUUUCCAAAAGGCUGGUAAAGAAGUGUCAUAUUCUACUUUGAACACUACUAAUAUCUGUCCCAAAAAUAGGAAGAAUGAGGGUGAGUGAAUAAUUGUCACAUACAUGGUCACAGCCAGUGCCUUCCACCUGUGACUUUACACCCGAUAAACCAGAAUAAAAAAUGUUACUUUUCAAAUUGCAAUAUCUUACCGACCGUUCAGAGAGAAAAUAGUCAUUUUGCACGUAAUGGUGUACAAAUGCAAGUGUUAGCUUUGAAGAUACCCUGUAAGGUGCAGACUGACUUGUUUGUAUUCUUCAUUGAUAAAAUAUCCCAUCGGCUUUGUGUGCUUUAUAGUGUACCUGACGUCAAAAAAAUGUACACCCUAAGUUAAUUGUAGUUGGGAACUGUGGCCACAAACACUCUUGUUUACAUUUUGAGAUUAUAUUAUCUGUACGUUUCUCAUAUUGUUUUGGUACCUAAAAUCCAUUAAAACUAACUAAAAUGAUCCUAAAGUAUUUUAUAAGAGAUGAUUUUACGGAAAAUAGCAAAAUGUUACAUAGAGAGAUGGGGGAAAUUCUAAAUCUUAUGGAGAAAGUGG